CCGUGUUUUAAUGGAGGAACAUGUCGAGAAAAUUGUCACGUGACUGGAAGACGAUUCUUGUGUAAUUGUCCUGCACGUUUUAUUGGCAAUGUAUGUGAGAAAGGUAUGUUACUAAUGUAGUUAAAUAUGAUAUCAUAGGGCCGGUUCUGGCACGAGGUCUAACCCAAACCACGGUUUUACGCAAUCAGAGGGCUUCAGGCUUUCUCCAUAAGAGGGUCGAUUUAAUUAUAUAGAUUUCCUUCCGCUGUUAGUUGGCGGGCCCACUAAACACUCUCCACCAAAAAAAAUGAAUGUUCACAUAAAAGGUUCAGCUAAAUAUGGAUUGUUUAGGACACAGUUUUGUAAAACAACUGCUAAACCUUGUUUACUCAGAAAUCAGAUCAUAGUGUUUCACUGAGUGAAUUGAGCUUAGAGUGACUUUUGUCUACUAUAGUGAUAAAGCAAGUUAGCCGAAAGUAAUUCGAAUUUUUGAUCAACCAGUUACUGGAGGAAUCGUCAAUUCAAAUCUCGUGACUGAAAGAAAAAUGGGAUAAAUAUAUAAAAUAAGUGAAAAGGGAGAGAGCAAUAGUAAAAAAUCUGAACAAUAUGUAAGGAAUAACAGUUACUAGAAACUUGCAGGGUGGAAAAGACGAAUCUAAUCCCAGUUCCGCAUUGAGUUUUUACUGAUUACCUCGCAAACAUUUUGGUGUUACAAUCACCGAUUCAUUAUGUUUCCUUACAGUAUUAAACACUACUUUGACGCCUAAUCUAUUUAAUUUAGACUGUCAGGAUGCCCUGGGUAUGGAAAGCGGUGAUAUUUCUGAUGCACAACUCAGUGCCUCUACAGAACUGGUUCCAGAAAAAGGAGCAAAGCACGGCAGGCUACAAUCCAAGUGGAAUGGAGUAUCUGGGGGAGGCUGGAUAACUAAAAUAUCUGACACCAACCAAUGGCUACAGAUCGAUCUACUGGAUCAGCAUUCUUAUGUUGUAACAAAGAUAGCUACACAGGGCAGAAAUUAUUAUAGUCGCAUUGUGACCAAAUAUAAACUUCAGUACAGUGACGAUGGAGUUACCUUCCUCUAUUACAGAGAAGAAGGCCAAGUUACUGACAAGGUAUGAGUUAGUAAAGCAGCAGCAGACUUAUCUAAUCUCAUUAAAAAAUACAGUUGUAAGUCUUCUAACUUAACAUGUUUUUAAAUACAACCAGGUAUGCUAUCAAAUUUUUUUUUUUUUUUUUUUUUUUUACCAUGAGUGGUUUUAAAGAAUUUCUUUAACCCAGUUACUUAGUAAAGAAUCAUAGCCGAGUAGCUUAAGUUAAAUAACAAGAAAAGACAAGUUUUCUUUUCCACGAAUAUUUCUCUUCCAAACAACAGGUUUUUCCUGGAAACACAGACAGGGAUACUGUAGUGUCACAUGAACUAAUUCCACCAAUCAGAGCACGCUAUAUUCGUUUUCGACCGAUAGAGUGGUCUGGCUACAUAGGAAUGAGGGUGGAGCUCUACGGCUGUCGUGGUAACGUAUUACUGUACAGUAUUUAA